AUGAAAAAUGUUAAACUUGUUGAAGAGGAAAAAAAAGUUAAAGUGGAUGCCCCUCAACGUUUUAAUAAACGUUAUUUCAUAAAUAAACGUGCAGAAGACGAUGAUCCACUAACAGACCUUGAUCGUAUUGAUCAAGCUAAACGUCCAUUGGAUGGAAAAUUUAUUUACCCUGAUUCGGCUGGAAAAGGUGUAAAUAUUUUCAUCGUUGACAGUGGUAUUUUCCUUACACAUGAACAAUUUGAUGGUCGUGCCAAAUUUGGAGGUGCUUUCUGUAAAAAUUGUAAAAGAGAUGAUAUAGAUAGACAUGGUACUUUUGUUGCUAGUGUUGCCGCUGGAAAUACUGUAGGAGUAGCAAGAAAAGCCAAUAUUAUUGAUGUUAGAGUUUUAAAUGCUAAAGGUGAAGGUUCAACUUCCAAUAUGAUUGAAGGUUUAUCCUUUGUAAUUGAUCAACACAAAAAUGGUAAAAACAAGAAUUCAGUUAUUAACAUGUCACUUGGAGUAGUUCCUGUAUCACGAGCUUUAAAUGAUGUUGUCAAAGAAGUUACUGAUGCUGGUAUUCACAUAGCUGUUUCAGCUGGUAAUGAUUCUGAAGAUGCUUGUGGACAAUCACCUGCAUCUGCACCUUCAGCUAUUACAGUAGGUGCUACCGAAAAAACAAGUGAUGCAGUUACAGAUUUCUCAAACAUUGGAAAAUGUGUUGACAUAUUCGCUCCAGGUCGUCAAAUUUUUGGUGCUAUUCCUGCUGCUGAAAAUGAUGAUUAUUUAGUACUUAAUGGUACUUCUUUUUCUUCUCCACUUGUUGCUGGUACAUUAGCUCUUUUAAUUUCCAAGAGUAGUAAUAAACCACCAGCUGAAUUAACAAAAGAUCUUAUUAAAUUAUCAACAAAAGGAGUUGUUACUGGUCUUAAAAAGGGUUCUCCAGACGCCUUUUUACGUACUCCAGCUCCAUAA